AUGUGUUAUGGUAAAGGUGUUAAAAUAUUGUAUCUAUUCGUUUAAUGUUUAAAAAAUUAUAGAUAUGGAUAGUAUGGAUAUUAUACAGAGACUUCCUUUGCAUUGUUCAUAACUAUAGCCAUUAAAAAUGAAUUUAGAGUGAAAUUAACAGACUUAGUAAUAGAAAAUGCGCAAAUAUGUUUGGAUAUAGCAAAGAAGCAGUCAGAGUGAAAGUUAAGAAAUGUGAGGGUAAACUCCAGCCAGAGCUGAGGAAGUUCUCAGUUGAUCCUCAAAUAACAUCUUUAGAGGUCUUACAGAGCAUUUUAGUUAAGGCAUUUGAUAUUAAAUCUGACUUCACCUUAUCAUACAGAAGUGUUGAUGAUUAUGGACAAGAAAUAUAUUUACCGCUAUUAUCAGACUGGGACCUGGAUGCAGCAUUUCUUAAGGCUCAUAAUAUAGCUCUUGGGUUAAGAACAGAACCAUGUGUUCUAUUGAAAGUCGAUAUGAAACCUUUCUCGGAAGCCUCUGAAGAUUGGGAGCCACCACCUGCUUCUCCAACACCAAUAACAAAUCAUGGUUACAAAGAACAACCUACAGUUGCACCAGUACAGUUGCACCAUCAAACAGAGAAACAAGAAUCUCAAACUGGUUUUCAAGGACUAAUUAUGAAUCAGGUUGAGAAAACAUUCAACAUGGUUUCAAGAGCUUUAAAUCUAUAUGAAGACCCUAGCACUCCACCGAGACCACCUCUAAGUGACAAUGAGUUUAGAGCUUUCUUAGAUGCAGUUGGCCAGAUUACUAAUCCAACAAAACUAAGAGAAGUAAUAUACUGUGGAGGUAUUGAUCCCAGUUUGAGGAAAGUUGUCUGGAAACAUAUUUUGAAUGUAUAUCCCGAAGGAAUGACAGGAAAAGAAAGAAUGGACUACAUUAAAAUGAAAGCUAAUGAAUAUUAUUCUCUGAGAACGCGAUGGAAAGAUUGUAUUCAGAAAGGCAUGGUAAAUGCAGAUCUAGCGUACGUUACAAGUAUGGUCCGAAAGGAUGUUCUCCGGACCGACAGACAUCACACAUUUUAUGCCGGCAGUGACGACAAUCAAAACAUUGCUUCAUUAUUUAAUAUCUUGACAACUUAUGCUUUGAAUCAUCCAACCGUAAGUUAUUGUCAAGGCAUGUCCGAUCUCGCGUCCCCUCUCCUAGUUACAAUGGGCGACGAAGCUCACGCGUAUAUCUGUCUCUGUGCGCUCAUGACGCGCCUGUACCCCAACUUCCUUCUCGACGGGGAAGCUAUGACCCUAAAAUUUUCGCAUCUCACCGAAUCCCUGCAGGUUUACGAUCCGGAUUUCUAUAAUUAUUUAAAAUUACAACAAGCUGACGAUCUGCUGUUCUGUUACCGAUGGCUGUUACUGGAAAUGAAACGUGAAUUUGCUUUCGAUGACGCACUAAGAAUGCUCGAGGUGCUGUGGGCGUCUUUACCCCAGAAAAUUCCAGGGCUCGAAUUAUCGUUGAAAGAAAAGGAAUUCGAUCCAGUAGACGAUCUUGCCGAUGAGCCGCCGCCAUCGAGCCCACUACUGAAAACACCUCGUGAAAACGCAUACACCAAAGUGUGUGCCAUCCGAAGGCAAAGUUCCAGUUUCAGUUUAGCAAAUGUAAAAGCCCCAAAGCUCGCUACAAGUAAUCAAAUGAAUCAUAGUUUAGACGAGAACGUAACCCGUAAAGUUUUUGUUAAUUCGUCGCUAAAACAUUCCAAAGAGUUCCAAAGUUUAGAUGAUGCAGCGCUACACAUGCAAAACGCCAAAUUCGACCGCCACGAUGAGUACGCGACUAAAGAGAACGGAUUGUCCCCGAAAGAUAAUAAAGGUCAAACGAGACGAAGUAUGAAAAGUGUUCCGGAAAAUACAAAGGCUGAAAUCCAAGAUACACUGUCCACUGCGUGGUCGAGUACAGGAAAUCUAAUGAAUGGAACUCCUCACGCAGACCCCUCCAAAGAGACACCGCUGGGAAACCAAAUAAGAAUAUUGAGAAAUAAAAUAUCGGUGCAUAACAGUAAAUUCUUUUCGUCGUUAGAAAAACUGAAUGACACCGAGAAUUCGGAAUUUCCAGAAAAACCCAAAAUUAAAAUGAUCAAAAACCUAAAUGAAUUCCUUAACUUUGCAACGGGAAGUAAAAUCAAUACGCAACACGCCCAAUUACAACGAACUAAAUCGGCCGUCGACAACGCUUCCUAUCUGGAUUGUCCAAGAAUAACGUUAACGAAAACCGAUAAUAAAAAGAGAUCUUUUAAAGAAGAUUCGCUGAAGAUGAAUAUAAACAAGAGCACUUGUCCGGAAACCAACGAGGGCAGCAGUCCCGACGAUUCUCAGGAAUAUUAUCCAAUGAAUACUUCCAUGACGAGGGAGCUAAGACUAGAACUAGAACAUUUAGAUCGACAAGUGUUCGGACCAUCGUACAUUAAUCGGCGCAGUAUGUUAUGCGAUUCGCCUUCCGAUUCGUUUAGCGUCGACGAUAAAUUAAGUAUCAAUCAAUUUAAAGAAGUGAAACCGGAAUGUAGAGCUAGCGAUGUUUUAGAUCCGCACAUAGAAGUUACAGAAGUAAAAGAAAUGGUAAAGAAGUCGCCGCUACUCGAAACAGGAAAGUCAAACGCAAGAAGCGCUGAAGAUAUAUAUUUAUGGGAAAACCCGUUACACAGGAACACACCAACGACGAGGACAUCGGCCAGCUGUCCUCAAACUCCUGACGAACAAGCCGAUCUCGACUUCGACGGUGAUACAGGAGAAAUAAUCGAAGAACAUUUCGGAAAAAAGUCUGUUACACCAAUCAAAUUAUUAAGAAAAAUUCAAUCGGCUGAUGCUCACGACUCCUUUAAGAUAACUAAACAAAGUGAUGUUAACUCGAGUAAUUCUGACGUGUCCGACAAAAACGUGACGCAAUUAGAAGAAAUACAAUCAAUGAACAAUCAACAAGAGAUAUCGAACAAUUCGAGGUCACAGAAUUUCUUCUCUAGUAUGUCACAAGAAUUGGAGAAUGCAAGAAAAAAUUGCGAAUCGUUGUUGAGCGUGAGGCAGCCCAAUUUGCAUAGCGUCGCAUCAACCAUCAACAAUUUCCAGAAGAAGUACGAAGUUUUGAAGCCGCCCCCGCAAAGAAAUACUAACGUAUCUCCGAUCGUUGGCGAUGCUUCAACAAAAACUAGUAUAAGUAGUCUUCCACCUCCCGCUGUGUUCGGAGGAGGAAAUCCAUUUUUGAUGUUCCUAUGCCUAACGGUCCUGCUACAACACAGGGAUUACAUAAUGAGAAACCGUAUGGACUAUAACGAGUUAGCGAUGCAUUUUGACAAAAUGGUUCGUAAACAUAAUGUAAACAGGGUGUUGAACCAGGCUCGGCAAAUGUAUGCGAUCUAUUUAAAACAUCAAGCACAUAAAAUCGCCGACGUUGCUACGUAACAUAAUAUUUUUAUUAUUCUCAUCGUAUUCGUCGACUUCUUCUAUGAUUUAGUAGUAUUGCUCACUAUUAUUAUAGGUAUAUGAGAAUUGUCCUUGUUUGUGCUUAGACGAUAAGUAAAUACUAAGACUUAAUUCUGUACACAAACACAAUAGAUUGGGUGUUUUUUUAAAUGAUCUCUCUUACGAUUACUAUUUUCUUACGGUGUAUAACCAUCCCAUCCCGGUAUAUUACCUAUUAAAUAACCAAAAUUUGUGUUUGUUCGUCUAAUCCCAGUUUUAAUCUUGCGAAAUUGCUAAAAACAAAUAUUAACGACGUUAUUGCAUAUUAAAUAACAAUUUUUGU